AGUCAGUUCGAAGCAACCUAGUCCUCAAACUCGUUGACUUUAACAGACAGUCAUCCUAAAAGCGAAAUCUCUGACUCAGACAAAUUGCAUAAAGGGUCUCACCAAUUGAAAAAGAAAAAGAAAAGCAGUGUAAAUGGGUAACACUCAGUUACCUCCGGUGAAUCCUCGCUUCGCCUCGGCAUCCAGAGCUUUUACGCAAAAGGAGAUAGGAGAUCUCAGAGCACUGUUCUUGUCCAUGGCUGGCCAGUCACAGAGCGACGGUCGAUACUUAUCUCCCUCUAUCUUUCAGGCAUACUUUGGACUGAGAGGGGCUCUUGGGGAAAGACUCUUUGAUUUGGUUACCCAGCAAAGGAAAGACCAGAAAUUGACCUUUGAAGACCUCGUAAUUGCUAAGGGGACUUAUGAGAAAGGAACAAAUGAUGAGAUUGAAGAGUUUGUUUGUCAAUUAUCUGAUGUCACAGGUGAUGGUGCUUUGGGGAGAUAUGAAAGUAAUCACUUAAUGUCUGACAUAGAAUCUGUUCUAGUUACGAUAUUUGAUGACAUAUUCAAUGUGAGAAGUUCUGAACCUGGAUCAAGUUCCCAAAGGGGCAGGGUGGACAUAUUUCUUAAUGCUGCAACCUUCUCAAGGAGUGAUGAAAGAUGCAAUGAUAGAAGUAUGUCUUUUGAAGAUUUCAGAAAGUUGGUGUACGCUCAUCCCAUCUCUGAAAAAGUUUCUUGGAAGCCUACUGAUUCUAUCUGAUCCAGGUUCUUUAUGCUUCUCUCUUUAUUUAUGGAUUCAAUUAUGUUUUAACAUUUCAGAAUUUGGCAUUACUUUACAAGAGAUCAUAAACUAAAGUGUAGUAAUUUGGUCCAAUCCUGAUUCACUUAGGAAACAUAUUUUUCUCCAUAUGUUAUAACAAUGAAUUAUGUACCGAAAAUUCACUUGAUUGUUGUUAUCUUGUUAAAGCAGGCAGAUAUAAUAAUAUUUUUAAUGACCCCAACUUAAUUUCUGGACCAAAUGCUGAACACAGAGCUUUCUGUAGGGCGACCUGGAUGUCAAGUUCCUAAAUUGCUGCAUUUAGAGAAUGUUGAUUCUAGUAUGUUGUUGCUGAGAAAGGAGUAUGCUUGACAUAUAGGAGGAGCUCUUUCCCAACAAGAGCUAGAGGAAUGGAAACUUUUGUAUCAUAGUACUUUAAAUGGCUUAAGUUUCAAUACAUUUUUGGGCAGCAUAACGUAAGCAGCUUGCCUCUUUUAUGCAACUUUUCUAGCUAUAAAUAUUUGUUAGUUUUCUUUGCAUGAUUCUGUAAGUCUCUGUAAGUUAUGGCAUUGCUUAUUGGUGAAUUUCUUCUCAAUUUAAAUCUGGACCUGAAAAUAUGUCAAUGCAUUCCAUUCUAUUCAGAACUUAUUGUGAUUGUCGUGUGAUUGUCCUGAGCUUGCCCUACAUUUUCAUUGCUAAUAAACUCCAUUGUUCAAU